AUGUCCUUCAAGUUCGACUUUGACAUAGACGAUCGCGCAGAUGACGACCACGCUCUCCUCGGCAUCACCACCGGGCCCUCCCAGCACCUCAAAAGCGCGUCUUCCGAGCCCGCCGAAGCACCCUGCACCGAGCUCUCCCUCGAUCACCUCCUCGCCACCCUCCCUCCCGCUCUCUCAUACGCAACCCUCCCUGUACCAGAGACAGAUAUCGCACUCGCCCGGCGCGACCUCUUCGACGCCCGCUUCCAGGUCCUCGCGCAGGCUGAUCCGAGCGAGCCAGCUCGAGCCGCGGAUGGGAGCACCAGCUCUGAUGCACUCGCAUUCCUCGACGCGCCGUCCGACCUCCUCCCGCGCGUGUACGAGGGCGGGCUCAAGACGUGGGAGUGCGCCCUCGAUCUCGCGGCGCACGUCCACCGGCUCGGGUGGCCGUCGUUUGUCGGAAAGCGCGUGAUCGAGGUCGGGUGCGGCACCGCCAUCCCCUCUCUCUACGUUCUGCACACUCUGUUCUCCGGUCCACCGCCAGCAGACACAGACGGCACCCAGGAAACGCACGUCCAUCUGCAGGACUACAACGCCUCCGUGCUCGAGCUCGUCACAUUCCCAAACAUAUUUCUCGCAUGGUACACAUCCCCAGCCGCAUCACCACACCGCCCCUCCCUAGACCCAAACUCCCCCGCCGGCGAAACCGACGACGACUCCUCCCCAGGCGAACUCACCCUCACCCCCGCCCUUGUACGCGCCUUCGCAGACGCUCUAUCCACACACCGCAUCCGCCUCCGCUUCUUCGCAGGCGGCUGGUCCUCGCUCUAUCCGUCCCAGCUGCUCCCCGCUCCGAGCCCACGGCAGUACGACCUCGUUCUCACCGCCGAGACCGUCUACCGCGCGGACGGCCUGCGCCCGCUCGUGCGCGUCUUGCGCGAAGCGAGUCUCGGUGACUCCUCAGUACCUUCCGUUGACCAACAUGGAAUGGAUGUUGAGAAUAAUGAGGGAGAACAGGGGCAAGGCUUGUGCCUCGUCGCGGCCAAGGUCGUGUACUUUGGCGUCGGAGGGGGCGUCGUAGAGUUCAUCCGCGCUGUCGAGGACGGCCAAGCCGGGUUGGAACAAGGACGAGUUGAGAAGGUAUGGGAGCACUCGACAGGGGUGGGCAGGGCUAUCCUUCGUGUGCGAUGGAGAUGAUGCAUCGAUCCGAAGCAUUUUGG